AUGAGUGAGGAUAUACCGCCAAAAGAAAUAAUUCAAGAAGAAAACAGCAAUCAUGAAGAGAAUCAGAAUGUUGAGCAAGAAGAAGUAGCAGCCAGCCAGCAACCAGCUCCAACAGAAGAAGAAGAAGAAGCAAAUAAAGCUGAACCAAUUGAGGAAGAUAAAGAAGAGUUGCAAGACAAAGAGGAGUUGCCACGUCAAGAAAUAAAUGUACAAGAAGUAGGUAAUGACCUGGUUCAAGAGGAACCACAUACUUCGUUUCUACAACCUCCUUCCGAUAAACAACAAUUUGCUACACCAUCUAAAGAUUUGCCAGCACUAAAAGAUAUCGAAACCAUAACAACCCCUAAAACAUUUGAUGUUGCUAAAGAUAACGAGGAUGAUGCAACGAAGGGGUUAGCUGAUAUUGUUGCAAGUUCCCCAAUAAAACAUAGCAUUUUGGCUGAGCUUCAACAACCCGAAGAAUCUAUAAAUGAGGAUACAUUACGAAUCAUAUCAGGGUACUUGUCAUUAGAUGAAUCUAGUAUCAAAUCAAUUGGUGAUACAGAUGUUCUUAAGGCAUUGGUAUCUAAAUCUGCUGAAUUUCUGAAUUUAUCAUCGGAAAAUGAAUUUCUCAAGUUGAAAAUGGAACAAAAUGCUCAAAAUAUUACUAAGCAAUUGCAAGAAUUGCAAGAAAAAUAUUCAAAUGCCGAUAAUUUAUCAACAUCUUUACAAGAAUCAAAAGAUAAAUUGGAGUAUGAAAAUAGACGCCAAGUGGAAAAGAUUCAAGAGUUGGAAGCAGCUAAUGAUCGCAUCCAAAGAGAACUUGGUGAUCUUAAGCAAUCAGAUAUUGCCAAAGAUGAAGAACUCAACAAGUUUAGAGAAGGCCAAACACAUCAAUUAUUGGAAUUUGAACAGCAAAUCAAUCAACUCUCUUCAACUAACGUUACUCAAAGCAAAAAAUUGAAUGAAUUGACCAAAGAGAUCAAUGAGACUAGGAAUGAUAAAUUUUCCUUGCAAUUGGAAUUGACAAAAUCAAAAAAUGAAGCUUCGUAUCUUAGAGAUCAAAAGGAUUGGUAUGAUAAUGAAUUGAAAUCUGCUCAAGCUAGAUUUACUGAGUUGAUUAAAAAACACGAAUCUGAAUUUUUGGGAACUAGCACCAAAGUUUCUAAUUUAACUGCUAAGAAUGAGACGCUUGAGACAUUGAAUAAACAACAUGAAGCAACAAUUGCUUCUCUCAAGUCUAAGUUGGAACAACAGAUUACCAAAGCUUCUAAAACUGAAACUGAGUUUGAAUUAGAAAAAUCACGUUUCCUAAAAGAGAUUGAUUCUAAGGAAGAAUUGAUUGAAUUGACUAAACUUCAAGCACAACAAAGAGCCACUAGAAUUGAACAAUUGGAAUCUUAUAGUGAAGAAAUUAAGCAAUCCAUGUCUGAAACCAUCACUUCUCUUGAAACUGCAUUGUCAGAAAUAAAUGAAAAAUUGUUAGAAACACAAGAAAGAUUAAAGAGAACUGAAGAAGCAUUAGACGCUGAAUUACACAAAGAAACUGAUUUACCAAAAUUAAGUGAGUCCUCAGCAAUGAUAGCUGCCAAUGGCAAUGGUAUUUCUUUAUCGACAUUAUACUCAGAAUAUAACCAUUUGAAGAAACAAUUGGUGGUAGAAAGAUCUCAAAAACAAAAAAUGGAAAUGCAAUUAGAAUCCUUUAUUACUGAAUUGGAUGCUAGAAAACCAGUUAUUGCCAAUUAUCGUGAACAAAUUCAGUUUUAUGAAAAUUCCAUGAAGGAAAUGCUCGGUAAAGUUGAAACCAUAAGAUCAGAGAAAGGUGAAGUUGAAAAAGAUGCCAAACGAUUAAGGUCAAGAGUUGCAGAAAAUGAAAAUGAGUUGGUCAGUAUGAAGAGAUUACUUAAAGAUUUGGGUCGUCAAUUAUGUUUCUAUUUGAUUCAUUCCAAGAUUCGAGACAAUAGUGAGAAUCCAUUAACAGCUAGUGAAAAGAAAUCAAUUGAAAAAAUUUUGAGUCAGACUGGUAAUUUUGAUGAAGAAAAUGAAACUGAUUCAGAUAAAUUGAUAUCAGAAAGAUUGCUUGAGUUUAAGAGUAUUAUUGAAUUACAACAAAGAAAUGAAGAAUUGUUAGUUGCAAUAAGGCAAUUGUCCAAGAAAUUAGAAGCUCGUGAAGAGGAAAAUAACAAUAUAGAAAGCGUGGCUAUAGAAGAAGCUAAAGAUGCCAUUUUGACUUUGGAGAGUGAAUUGGAUAGUUUGAAUAUUAAAUUGGAUGCUGUGACAAAAGAACGAGAUGCCCUUCGUUCGAUAAAUGUGAAAAAUCCAACAUCAACACAGGAUUCCGAUUACCUUUCUCAAACAAAUGCAGAUUUGAGAAAGAGGCUUAGUGAUUCUGAAAAAAUCAUAAGUGAAAUUAGAGAGCAAUCAGCAAAAUCAGUUUAUGAAUUGAAUGAAAAAAUAAGAGAAAUCACUGAUAAAAAGAAUGAGUUUGCGUUACAAGUUUCAGUUUCUAGUAAGUCUACUGAAUUAGCAGAAACCAGAUUAUCAAUAGCUCAGAAAUCACUUAGUGAUUGUCGUGAAGAGUUGGCACUGGUUAGAAAAGAGCUUGAAUUUUGGAGAGACCAAACUAGUAAAUUUGAAACUCAAUUGGUGUCAAAAACACAUCAAUUGCAUGAGUUUGAGGAAACUAUUUCUCAAAACAAGGUCACAAUUGUUUCAUUGCAACGUGAAAAGGAAUUCCAAAUUUCUAUGAAUACAACUUUGGAAAGCAAAAUUGAAGCAUUGAAAAACGAUAAAAUUAAGCUUAAUGAAUUUGUAUUGAAUUUGCAAACAAUGUUGAAAGAUAGAGAAGAAUCAGCAAGAGAUAUUUCCAGUAAACUUUCUGCUUCCAUUGAAAAUUAUCAAAAUUUGCAACAGAAACUUUCAGAAAAGGAAGAACGUAUAUUUAUUUUAUCAAAUCAAUCAGAAUUAUCACUCAAAGCUCAAAACACUAAAUUGGAACAAGUCAAUGAAAUAAGUAGACAAUUACUUGAAACUAAGAACAAGCUUAUAGAAAAGGAAAAUGUUGUGGAAGAAUUGAAGAGAAAAUUAGCAACACGAAGAGAAUCUAUUUUACAACCCACCAUAGCUGCCAAUGCUGUUUCCAGUGGUGGUGGUGUUACUGGUGUUUCUUCUUCCACUACCUCAGAUUCAAACAAUUUUGAAAUUCAACAAUUGAAAGAAGAUUUGAGAAUUGCUGAAUCUCAAGUUGAAGAAUUAUCAAAUCUUGCUAAAGCUAGUGAAGCUACAUUAACUGACGCAACAAAUUCAUUUGAACAAUAUAAAACCGAUUCCGAAACCAAAUAUCAAUCCUUGCUUAAGGAGAAGGAACUUGUUGAUGAUGAAGUGAAGAGAUUGGCUGACUUGUACAAUAUAACUUACAAGGAUUUGGAAAGUGCUAAAACUAUGCAUAUUGAAGAAGUUAAUGAUUUGAAGCUGAAAUUGAAUGAAUUUAAAUAUAAAGCAGAUCAAUAUGAUACUAUGGAGAGUGAUUAUCAAGAAAAAAUCGAAUCAAUUCGUCAUGAUCUUGAAGAUCAAACUAACCUUUAUAAUGAUUGUCAUACCAAGUACCAAGCUGAGUUAGUCAAGACAGGAACAUUAACAGAACAUAUUAGUGCAUUGAAAACACAGCUUGAAGAAAAAGGUGAACAAAUCAAUUCUUUGCAAGAAGAAGUUAGAACUGUUCAAAAUUCCAUCAAGGAACAACAAGAUCAAUUAGUGGCUGAAAAAUCUCAAAUUGAAACUGAUUUAUCUCUUUCCAAGAAUAGAAUUGCUGAGUUGAAGGAACAAAAUGAUAUAUUGUUGAAUCAAUUAGAAUUAACCAAGAAUUCGCUUACAAAUGGUGAUGGUUACGAUGUUUCAUCUGCUGAAUCGGGAGAUGAUUUUCGACAAGUGGUUAAUUAUCUUCGUCGGGAAAAGGAAAGUAGUGAUGCCAAGUUGCUAGUUGCUACUGAAGAGAAUCAAGAAUUGACUAUCAAAUUGAGACAAAUACAAAAUGAAUUAGCUACCACCAAAUCUGUAUUUAACACUACUACUCAUAUAGAUUUGGAUGCAGUAUCUAAGGAACAAAAGAAUUUAUCUGCUCAAUUAGAACAAUUAAAUCUUCUUAGAGAAAGCAAUUCAAGCUUACGUCAAGAAAAUGUGAAAUUCUCAGGGGAGAUUAAGAAGUUGAAAGAACAGAUUAUUACACUUGGCAAUGAAUUGAAUCCGCUUAAGGAACACAUUAAUGAAUUAACCACUAAUCUUGAAUUUGAACAACAAAAGGCUAAAUUGCUUAGUGAAGAAAAUGAAAGAAUUAAACUGGCUGCUCUUAGUACUGAGGAACAAAAAUCGGAUGCUAAUAAACAUACUAGUGAAGCUAUUGCCAGGAUGCAAGAACAAAUGGAUAAAUUGAAAACUAAAGCAAAUGAAAGGAUUAGGUCUAUGAAUGAAACCAUUGCUUCCAAAGAUGAAACUAUUAAGCAGUUGAAUGAAAAAGUGGAUCAAUUAACUAAUGCUGCCACAAAUGAAGAUAAAUCAAAGGAACAAAUUGAGCAAUUGAACACCAAGUUGACCAGUCUUCAAAGUGAAGUUGAGAAUGCUAAGAAUGAAAAGGAUGAAUUGUUCAAGAAAUUGAAUGAGCUUGAAUCUAAUUUACGUGCUGAAUUUGACAAGGAGAAACAAGAAAUUAUCAAAUCAUUGGAAUUAGCAAAACAAGCAAAUGCAUCAGAUGAACAAUUACAAAAGAAAUAUAAGGAGCUUGAAGAAACAUUAGCGAAAAGCAAACAAGAGUUCGAAACAAAAUUAGAAGCUGAAAGGAAAAAGACUAGAGAAGAGGUUGAAAAGAAGUAUGAUAUUAAAUUGAAAAUGAUGAAUAGAAAAAUUGAAAAAUAUGAAAAAGCCAACAAUUCUAUUCCUACAACAACAACAGCUGCACCAACUGCAGCAACUUCCAAACCGAACAUCCCGGCAAAACCCGAUAUUCCAGUUGCCAAUACUGCCCCUUCUACACAAUCUGUUUUUCCUAUAGUUUCUACAACUAUACCAGCAGAACAACAACAGCAAUCUACCAAUCAUGUUGGUUCUACUCCCGUUAUCGGUUCUAGUGUUUCGGCAAGUGCUACCCCUCCUCCUGUGGCAUCAUCUAAUAGUGGGGUUGGUGUGUCUGCUUCUGUUCCGGAUCAAGAUACUAAAUCACAAUCAAAAGCUUCAGUUGCAGCUGCAGUAAAUAGACCAGUGGGGCAUCCGGGGAAUGAGUCUACAUUAAGAAUUCAUAGACCUGGUGGGCAUCCAGGUAAUGAGUCCACGUUGACAGUACAUAAACCAAUUGUUACUAAUAGAAAUGAAAAUCGCAAAUUCAGUCCUGUUCCCAACCCCACUCCACAAGAUAAUUCUAAGAAAAGAGCAAAUGAAGGUCAACAUCAACGACCUCAAGUUAAAAAGCCUAAAGAUAAUUAA